CAAAGCUGAUGACUCCCCUAAGGGGAUGACGAUGUGGAAGAAGAAGUUCUUCUAUAUCAAGUCUGCUGCCCUUGCUGUGGAGAUGACGUUUCGGAAUGUGACCGAGACGAUCAUAACAGAGACCAUUGCGAUGCCCAGUUUGAAAUCAGUGCAAUGGUUCCCGCAACUGCAGACUAUUGAGUCUGUGAAGUUGACCAAUACGCAACUAUGGCUGUUGCGUAUGAUGUUGAGGAGGGGCAAGAACUCGAAACCCGUGGUGCGGGAAAAGAGCGGUGAAGAUGCUCCCGCAUGGAGGAUGUUUGCUCCGGAUUUCGAGGGUACGGUUGAGACCGUAGUUUGUGCGGAUGGUGAACAGGAUCACAACACUAUCAUCCGUAGUAACUUCCGGGUGCCUACUGCGGCUGCACUGGCAGUUGAGUUGCCAGUAGGCAAAGGUAUACUAUCGAAGCUUGCUACUUGUGUUGAUCAUGUUGUGUUAUUGACGUAUUGAUUCCA